GCUCUGUCAGUGUCAGAUUGACAUAUGUUGGUUCAAAUCUGUGCUUUUUAUGAAUAAAUAUCAAAAUAUAAAUAAAUAAAACGCAGGUGGACCUUUAUACAGUCGCAAAAAUCCCACCGUUAUGUCUUUGGACGCCUUUAAACGCCCACCAAACCUCUAACCUCCGUGCAAAACAAGAAUGAUGCAAAUUGGCUGAGCCAUGUCUGGAACGAAUCAGGCUAUCCCCGAAGGGGUCAACCCCGAGAACAACCACGUCGGAGGCGGCCCCCUUAUCAACACAAAUAGGAUUAGGAAUAAUAACAAUCAGAACCCGCUUUUUAACGUGCGCGACCGCUUAUUUCAUACUUUAUUCUUCAAAGUGGCGCUAGUUUACGCUAGGACCUUUCCAAAGCCUGUUAGACGAUUUUUCGAAUUUAUCAUUUUAAUCAAGGCGAUAGCCGCGUUUUUUGUACUCGUGUAUAUACAUACCGCGUUUUCCAAAACCCCGACCACUUGCUUGCAACACGUGAAAGACACGUGGCCCCGCGAUGGCAUUCUGCGGGUGGAGAUUGUGCGAAAUGUUGGCCAAGACUACAACAUUGAGCAGAGCUACGCCAGAGAGGAGAAACUGAAGCAGGAGAAGGUCGACGAUAUUUCGAACGUUUUGGGGCUUUUGGCCAGGGACGGCUUUGUUAAUAUCGAGCCCUCGGCCGUUGAAGAGACUGAACCUUUGAGCCAAAGUAAAAUAGGUCAAAUCAUUGAUGCAGUUGUACAUUUUUUUCUAUUUCAAGAUUAUAUUAAUGAGAGUAAAAACGAGUCAAAGAAACCCAAUGUUCUCUUCAACGUGUCGCAGAUUUCCUCGACCAUUUGGGACGGGUUUCAGCGCCUCACUGAAUUACCCUCCAUUUCGUCGGUUGCUUUCCCGCAAGAAACGCAAUCGACGGAAGUCGGCCAAAACGAGCAAAGCACCACGAAGAAGGAAUCGAGCAAAUCAGACUGGUCGAGCGACGAAUACAUCGUUGAGUAUUCGCUGGAAUACGGCUUUUUGCGUUUGUCGCCGAUGACAAGGGCACGACUGAAAAUUCCGGUGCAGAUUGUGACGCUGGAUCCGGGCAAGGAUGAGUGUUUUGGCGAUGCUUUCAGUCGACUGAUUUUAGACGAGUUUUUGGGUUAUGAUGAUUUGCUCAUGGCUUCGAUUAAAACUUUGGCCGAACAAGAGGACAAUAAAGGAUAUCUCAGAAAUGUCGUAACUGGGGAACAUUACCGGUUUGUGAGUAUGUGGAUGGCGAGGACGUCGUAUUUUGCUGCCUUUUUCAUAAUGAUCGUCUUUACGGUGUCCGUGUCCAUGCUGCUGCGCUAUUCGCAUCACCAGAUAUUCGUGUUCAUCGUUGAUUUGUUGCAAAUGCUGGAGUUCAACGUGACUGUAAGUUUUCCCGCGGCUCCUCUACUGACCGUCAUCCUGGCUUUAGUUGGAAUGGAGGCGAUUAUGUCCGAAUUUUUCAACGACACGACGACCGCAUUUUACAUCAUUUUGAUCGUCUGGAUGGCCGACCAAUACGACGCCAUCUGUUGUCACACGGCCAUUACGAAACGCCACUGGUUAAGGUUCUUCUAUUUGUACCACUUUUCCUUCUACGCCUACCACUAUCGAUUCAACGGACAGUAUAGCAGUCUUGCAUUGGUCACUUCGUGGCUUUUCAUACAGCAUUCAAUGCUCUACUUUUUCCACCACUACGAGCUGCCGGUGAUCCUGCAGCAGGCCCACUUCCAGCAGUUCAUAAUCCGCAACAGCCAGCAGCAGCAGCAGCAGCAGCAGCAGCGCGAGCCUCUGGCGGCGGCCGCCCCGCAGAACACCAUCACAGUCCGGCUCACCGAGCUGUUCUCCGCCGUGCGGCCGUCGGCCACCACCCAGACGUCCACGAGCCAGGUGACGACGUCCACGACCACCACCGCCACGGUGGGCACGUCGGCGCAGCCCAACACCUCGAGCCAGACCAGCCAGACGACGCCGGCGGCGGUGGAGUCGGCGGCGGCACAGACGCCGCCGGGGGCGGAGACGGCCGUGGCGGCCAUCCAGACCAGCGAGGGGCACAGGGCGCCCACAGGGGGGCCCGACCACCACUGAGACAUGUACAUACUUAGUCGGUUUCUGCUUUAAGAGUGUAUAUAAUUUUGUCGGUGGAUGUAGGAUGUGUACUUGAUUGAAAUUACUAAAUAAAGUUUCGAGUCUU